CCAGCCACGCAGAAGCGAAGCCGGGCUUGUCCGCCGCGGCGGACCUGAGGUCGCAGAGCGGCGCGAUUCAGCUCGCUUCUCCCCCAAGAAACUUCUUUUCUUGUCUUCACCGGCUCUCCUGAACCAGCAAAACGUCUUGCGCCCUUCCUCCCCAGCCUGCUGCGCCGCUGCCCAAGCGGGAGCCUGUCGGCGGGCGCCUUCCCAAGAAAGUGUCUCCGUGGGGAUCCGACCUCGCUCCCGGCCCGGACUGUGCGCGGUGGGAGAGGCUCCCCGGCCAGCUUUCGGCGCUCUCCGCUUCGCGGCGCGCCCCCGCCCCCGCCCCCAGCUGCGGCCAGACUUUUUGUAGGAGUCGCCAAGAAAGGGAAGCUGGCUCCUGCUGGCCCCCGGGCAGUUGGGCGGCAGGAGGAGGAAGCCUGAGGAGGAGUCCACCCACCUCCGCAGAGAAGGGGCCGGGAAGAAAGCGUGCGGCCGCCCGCUUCGAAGGGGAGAGGAUGUCGCUGGGCUGCGGCCACGGCUCGGGGGAGGCGCUGCCGCCGCCCGCUCUACUGCUUGCCCUGGCCGGGCUGCUGGCUUCCUGGGUGCCGCUGGCCCGGGGCGCGGCGUGCGAGCCGGUGCGCAUCCCACUCUGCAAGUCUCUGCCCUGGAACAUGACCAAGAUGCCCAACCACCUGCACCACAGCACGCAGGCCAACGCCAUCCUGGCCAUCGAGCAGUUCGAGGGGCUGCUGGGCAUCCACUGCAGUCCGGACCUGCUCUUCUUCCUGUGCGCCAUGUACGCGCCCAUCUGCACCCUCGACUUCCAGCACGAGCCCAUCAAGCCUUGCAAGUCUGUUUGCGAGAGGGCCCGGGCGGGCUGCGAGCCGGUCCUCAUCAAGUACGGCCACGCCUGGCCCGACAGCCUGGCCUGCGACGAGCUGCCUGUCUACGACCGAGGGGUCUGCAUUUCCCCAGAGGCUAUCGUCACUGCCGAAGGAUCCGAUUUCCCUAUGGAUUCUAAUAAUGGGAACUGUAGAGGCACCAAUGCUGAGCGCUGCAAAUGCAAGCCUAUAAAAGCUACCCAGAAGACUUAUCUUCGGAACAAUUACAACUAUGUUAUUCGGGCUAAAGUUAAAGAGGUAAAGACCAAAUGUCAUGAUGUCACUGCAGUGGUCGAAGUAAAAGAGAUUCUAAAAUCUUCAUUGGUGAACAUUCCUAGGGACACAGUCAAUUUAUAUACAAACUCUGGCUGUCUUUGCCCACCACUUAGUGCUAAUGAAGAGUACAUCAUCAUGGGCUAUGAAGAUGAGGAACGUUCCAGAUUACUCUUAGUAGAAGGCUCCAUAGCUGAGAAAUGGAAGGAUCGUCUUGGUAAAAAAGUGAAGCGCUGGGACCAGAAACUCCGUCAUCCUGCGAAAGGCAGAAAUGAACCUGGACAAAGUGAUUCUGCUCCCAGAUCUGGGAGAACCACCAAUCCACGGCAAAGGCGCAACUAAGAUGGAAAAUAUCUUGAGGCCAAAACUAAUCCAUGGACUUGUAUAAAUUAAAGACUUGCCUUCUUGAAGCAGCAAAAGAGAAAUUGCACUAUUGCACGUUGCCUUUUAUUGUUUACUAUGAGUUCAUGCUGUAGCCAAUGUUAGUUUUUUUCUUCCCUUCAUGUUUUCUUGCCUCUUGCAUUUGCAGGAGUACGAACACUUGGGGGGAAAAAGGUAUAUUAUAUUCACAAACAUCUAUCUGUGAAUUACAUUGACAAACAUUUUUCUUUUUUAAAAUGGCCAAACUGAUGUUAUUAGAUGCUCAUGGUAAUUGUUUGAAUACAAUUGCUUCAGUCUAGAAAUCCACAAACACUUUCUACAUAUGUAUCUCUGACAUAAGCAAGUUGCCUAAAGGGACAUUUUAAAAAAACAAAUUCCAGAAUUCUUAGGUUGUAUUUGGGAAGAAACAUAAUCCAAAUUACCCUGUAGUUAUAAAGAAGGAUGAGAUGGAUGUGAAGAACAUCAGAUCCCAAUAUAUUAAGAAAAAUUAAGAAUUUCAUGGGCCUUUAGUAGUAGAAAUUAAACAACAAAAGGCAAAAAAGUUCUAACAGUUAACGUUAUCUAGCAAACACAAACUAUUUCUACAAUUGGCAAGUGGGGAAUUGGUCGAUUUUAAGCGUUCACCCCUCUCCCCCCACUCACAUUAAUACUCUUCAUGGCAAUAUAGAUUAUGCAAAGAGAUUAUACCAAAAGAGUUAGGCCUUUUAGAGUAAGUUUGCUAAAUGUCGAUUCUGCUUCAGUAAACCACUUAUAUGAAGCCUUGUUUUAAAACAUUAGCCAUGACAAAGACUGCCUGAAGGAUUUACUUUUGAAGGUCUUAAUCCAUGUGGGAAAGGUUGUAUAGGACUGUUAAAUCUUGCCAGAAGAUACCCCAUACUUGCCCUCUGUUAACAAUUCUCCCAUGCUUCUUUUCAUUGUUGCUGUGGAGUCAUAGGAAUACAAGUGGUCAUCAUCAGGCCUCCAUCUCAGUGUAGAUCUGCACUUUGUCAUUUCCUGGCUGUCCUUUUUAUUGUAUUUCACUGUCUACAUGCAACUGGAAUGUUUAAUGGUCAGUGUUGGGGAUUAGGAAGAACACUUCUAAGAAAGCUACAAGUGUGGUCCUUCAGCUAUUACUGGAGCAGAACUCCCAUACCAUGUUGGCGGUGGACAAUGGGAGUCUGAGUCUAACACUCCUGGAGAACCAUAGGGUCUCUUCACCCUUAAAAGAACUGUAGUAGCAAAAAAAAAGUUGACUUCUUUGCAAACAGUGGACAUAUUUAAUAGCUUACAAUACAUAUUUCUGUUCAACGUGUGCCAACAGAUCAUCCUAAUGAUCACAUCUCUUAAGUCUUUUGUAACAGUGCCAAUAGUUUGAAGCUGUAAUUCUAACUUUCUUUCCCUCUCUGAAUUGAAAUAAAACAAUUAUUUU